GCGCGUAGCUUCACCCCAAAGCAUCGCCCAGACCCCGGACCCAGUUAUUCUGAGCUCUCCGUGGGAAGAAAGGAGUCCGGAUACAGCUCAGGGCCCUAAGUGGGGGCCCGGAGCCGCGGGAUAACCGCAGCAGCAAUUGUUGCAGGCUCAUCUCCCUCAGGAGGCCCAGCCUGGGCUAAAGGCCGGAUAUGCUCUAUUGAACUCAGGAGUUUAGUUAGCCCCACGAUGCUGUCCAAGUGAGCAAAGGGGCAGCAGGCAGGUGAACUCAGACUUUGUUCCCAGGGCACUGCAGAGCCACAGUAAGAAACACACAGGGCCUCUCUCCCGCACAGGAUGCACCAUGCGACUUCCUGUGUGUCUUACCUGGACUGCAGCCCCUUGGCCCUAGACAGUUAGGCACUGGGCCUUGAGAAUCAUCUGCUCCGCCUCCUGACCACAGACCACAGCCAUUCCGACUUUCUAGGCUGGACCGUUGGUGAGGGUGCCUGCUGCACCUGCGGAAAUUGCCAGGGAGACGCCAUCCUGCUGCAGCCAUGGUGCCCAGGACAGGAGGUUGGGACUGCCUGCUGCUGACAGUGGCGGCUGCCCUGACCCAGCUCGUGGGGUCCCCUGGUUGCUUCGGAUCCCAGAUUGUUGGAGGUCAUGAGGUGAUUCCACAUUCCCGGCCCUACAUGGCCUCUGUGAGCUUCGAGGGCCAUCACCACUGCGGAGGCUUCCUGCUCCGUGCCCGCUGGGUGGUGUCAGCUGCCCAUUGCUUCAGGGACAGGGACCCCUCGACCGGCCUGGUGGUGCUCGGGGCCCAUGCCCUGCUCAGCCCAGAGCCCACACAACAGGUGUUUGGCAUUGCAAAUGUUGUCAGGCAUCCCAGUUUCCAGCCUGCCACACAGGCCAACGACAUCUGUCUGCUACAGCUGAAUGGCUCUGCUGUCCUGGGCCCUGCCGUGAGGCCAUUGCGAUUGCCACGGAGAGGUGCCAGGCCACCCUCGGCAGGCACGCGUUGCCACGUAUCCGGCUGGGGCUUCUUGUCUGACUCCGAGGCGCCUCCGCCCGGCCUGAUGGAAGCAGACGUGCGUGUGCUGGACCUGAGCGUCUGCAACAGCUCCUGGCAAGGCCUGCUGAGUCCCGCCAUGCUCUGCACCCAGAGCGGGGACCGCCGGUGGCGUGGUUUCUGCUGGGCGGACUCUGGGGGGCCGUUGGUCUGUGGAAGCCGGGCCCACGGCCUUGUCUCUUUCUCAGGCCUCUGGUGUGGUGACCCCAAGACCCCGGAUGUCUACACUCAAGUGUCAGCAUUUGUGCCCUGGAUCUGGGAUGUGGUUCGGGGAAGUUCCUCCCCUGGUUCUGCGGAAUGAUCUGUGAGGGCUCUUUGACUCUCAGCCCCCUGCUGGGACAGAGAUGAACGGCAACCUGUGCCCACUGGCUCACGUCUGGAGUAGUCCAUGGCUUGGCCCUAGACCCUGAGAACUUGGGCUGCAGGCUCCAUGCUGAAUGAACAGCUCUACUGAAGGCUGGCACGUGGCUUAUGGCUUGAGGUGUCCUCCACCUCAGGAGCCCCCUUACCACACACUCACCCUCUCAGCCAAGACCCCCUACAAUGCUCCCUCCUGAGGUCAAGUGACUCCUGGGCACUUGCCCUGUCUCCUUAUGGGUCACAGACUAACCCCACUAGCACAUAGUCGGGAAAAGUGUAUAUCUGCUCCUGGAACUGCGGCUUAGCCUGCCCUCCUAGCUUGAAGUUGCCUCGGCACACUGAUCAUUGUUUCAGCCACCAUUCCUCCCGGUCUCAGUUCAAACCUUGACUCCUGCGCUCUGGACGAGCUGCCGUCCUAGUGCCAUCUUGCUCCUGUACCUCCAGGAGCCCAGCAGGGCCCACCUCCUCUCCCUCCCCUCCAUUUGCCUUUAUGCUUUCCAGGGGCCCCUGAGCAUGUCCCGUAUCUGUCAGGAACCUUUCCUGGUUGGUCCCCAGGCUCAGAGGGAGGAAACGGCUGGAGGCUGGUCACCCGUGGUGGCUUUCAUCAUCUUUUAUUUCCUUGGUGAGACGGGGCCCCAGGGUGGGAGAGGCUGCCGUAGCUCCCUGCUGAGGGUACUUUUGGGGACAUUACAAGAAAGGCACAGCUGAGGACUGGAGGGUGGUAGGGAAACCCUGCAAACUUCUCCACCCCAGAUCGGGGGCUGUGAACCCUCCCAUGGUCUUUUGCUUGUGGCCUGACAUUUUGUCUUUCUUUUUAAGUUUUUUGUUUGCUUGCUUGCUUUUCAGACAGGGUUUCUCUGUGUAGCCUUGGUGGUCCUGGACUUGUUUUGUAGAUCGGGCUGGCCUCAGACUCACAGAGAUCCACCUGCCUCUGUCUCCUGAGUACUGGGACCAUACAUGUGUGACACUGUGCCUAGCUCCUUUUUAGGGUUUUUUGUUUGUUUGUUUGUUUUGAAAGAUGAAAGAUAAGGUCUCAUAUAACCCAGGCUGGCCUUGAACUCACUGUAUGGCCAAGAAUGAACUUGAACUCCUCAUCCCCUUGCCUAUUCUUCCUGUGCUGGAUGGCAGGCUGGUGUCAAUACGUCUGUUUUAUGUGGGUGCUAGGGAAACCCUCCCCCUGUUGGCCUACAGCUCCAGUUCCUUUGGUCUCCUGGAAGGCACAUGUGGUUAGCUUUGAGUGGCUGCUGUCAGAGUGAAGGGUGAGCAGUUUUAAGGUCAGGCCCCAAACAGCACCUGACUGGUGUCACAACGUGUGGCUGGGCUUGCUGAUGGCUGGGGGUGGCUGGAAACUAGGUAAAAGCUGGUGUGGGUGUCCAGGGAACGGGGCAGGAGGCGCUAGGGUGACCCUGGGAUGCUCUGGGCACAGCCAGGACACCGCGUUUCCACCAGGUCCCACUCUAAAUGCAGUGAACGGGGAGGAACCCAGGGCCUCUCUGGGCUGAUGCUGCCCGCCCUUGGAGUGAGGCCAGGAGGCCCCGUGCGAACAGUAGUCGAGGUGGGCACACUACCAUCUGUGCCCUGAGACUGCUCCAGCCUGGAAAGCAGAGGGAGAGGUCAAAGCAGAAGGCUUCCACCACGCUGCUCUCCCUGGGCAGCAGGUGUCUGGGGUCCUAACGUGAUCCCAGUUCCUGGUGAUGGCACAUACCAACUCUUCCAAAAUCUUCCUUCAGUCCUUGUGACACGUGCUCAGGAUCCUAGGGGACCCCCGGGGGGUUCCAGGCCAGGUUUGGGGAAUGUCCACGUGACAUAAAUUAGAAUCUUUUCUGUGACAAUAAAUAGAAUUGGGACGGGCUCAAAUACCGGGCCCGGCGGCUGCAGCUCA